AUGUGCUACCAUGAUCUGGUUAGGUUCUGCUGCGGCCAUCGAGUAUGGAGCAAGAAGCAGAGGCCAUGUGACGACUCUCUGGCUGGCGGUGAGUGCCAGGAGAAGCGUAUCCGGAGGCACGUCUACGUCCGUACGAACGAUCGCUGCUUGCCCUGCGAGAUAGAUAGAGAGCCAUCUUGGCUCGAUCCCAUCCGGGGCGGUCUACCCAACCGUGCGGCGACAUCGCUUACUGCCCCCAACGAGACCUUAUCAGUUCAAGAUCCUCGUCACAUUUCAGAUGAUGUUCCUCCGCCAAAUGAUGAUUUUCUCCAGGAAGCAUGGGUACCAGGACUUGCUUUGUUGGCGACAGCGACCGAGAUAGUCCUGCAGCUUGAGUCGCAGAUGAAACGAUUCGAAGAGGACCGUCAGAAGCUCACUAGAAGAGUCUUGGAGGCCAUGAAGAACCCCGAAGACCCCGAUCGGAAGCGGGACCUACCAGCUAGCAACCGUUCAAGGCCAUCCAAGGCCAUUUUGCGAACUACGGAAGGCUCGGGUUCACCUUAUUCACGGCUCAACCUAAAGGCCCGACAGAUCCGAUUGCUGGAGUUACGUCCCACCAAAAAUCCAAAGGAUCUGACAUUAUCCUUUCUGUGUAUGGAGCUGCGCAACUGUCCUUCGUACACUGCACUCUCCUACACUUGGGGAGACGAAGAAGCUACCCGGAAUAUCAGCAUUGAAGGAGGCGGGGCAAUCAACAUCCGCGAGAACUUGUGGUCCUUUUUCAGCCUACAGGGCUCUCUCAUCUCUGGGUCUACAUUCUUCUGGAUCGAUGCAGUCUGUAUUAACCAAUCCAACGUCCACGAACGCAACCAUCAAGUCAGCAUGAUGAAAGAAAUAUACGUCAAUGCGUCCAAGGUCUUUAUCUGGCUCGGGCCGGAAGGUGAUAAUAGCGAUCUAGCGAUGGACUUUAUCGCUACGAAAGGUAGACGAGGACUCAGGCGCCGGGGUCCUGGCUUUCAUCCUAUUUGGCCGAGGCAUGUUGGCAAGGCUCUGAAUGACUUGUGUGAACGCGCUUACUGGAGAAGGAUGUGGAUUAUUCAGGAGAUUGUGCACGCCGACAGUAUCACUGUCUGGUGCGGAACUAAGUCCUUCAGAUGGCACGUCUUUGAGAGUCUCUAUCUCACCCUCAAAACUCUGGAAGAAACAUCUUGGUUUCCACACCAUCCACAUGCAAUAAGAGUAUUGCAAAGCUCGGCUUUUACCAUGGUCUGGCAGCGUGCACACUGGCGACAUCCUGAAACUCCUUCUCCGCGACUUCAGGUCCUCAUCGAUAUCUUCCGCGACUGGCAGUGCACAGAUAUCAGGGAUAAAGUCUUUGCCCUGGUGAGCAUGGCGAGCGACGAAACAGCCAUCGUUCCCGAUUACUCUAUGUCGACUCUGAAUGUUUAUCGUGCAGUUCAAGACAAGCACGAUGGUGAGAAACACCAGUUCUACAACAUGCUAUCCCAGAUUCUAGCGAUACCGCAAAACGAACUAAUGUUCGAUGGGGACAUGGUCGAAUACAAACGCCACCCCCCAGAGACCCUGGUGCUGAGGGCCCUAUUCGGCGACCAUUUGUACAACGAUGGUGCUGUGUGA